AGGAGGGGAACAUACAUGUGGAAGACAACUUGAGGGAAUUGAUUCUCUCCUUUUACCAUGUGGAUCCUGGGGAUCUAACUCAGGUUGUCAGGCUUGAGGGUUCUCUAAUGAUCUUGCUUCACCAUGGCUACACAAAUAUGGAGGGGCUGGUUCAGCACAGAGUGGGGACCCAGCAGGUGGCUGAGGUACCCAGGUGACCACUCAGCACGUUGAUCUUCGCCUUUGGUACCACGUACACAGACCUCUCGGCCGGAAUCUCCAGGGAUGACCAGCCCCUCCCCGCGCAUCCAGAUAAUUUCCACCGACUCUGCGGUAGCCUCACCUCAGCGCAUUCAGAUUGUAACAGACCAGCAGACAGGACAGAAGAUCCAGAUAGUCACCGCAGUGGACACCUCUGGAUCCUCCAAACAGCAGUUCAUCCUGACCAGCCCAGAUGGAGCUGGAACUGGGAAGGUGAUCCUGGCUUCUCCGGAGACAUCCAGUGCCAAGCAGCUCAUAUUCACCACCUCAGACAACCUUGUCCCUGGCAGGAUCCAGAUCGUCACGGAUUCUGCUUCUGUGGAGCGUUUGCUGGGGAAGGCAGACGUCCAGCGGCCCCAGGUGGUGGAAUACUGUGUGGUCUGUGGCGACAAAGCCUCUGGCCGUCACUAUGGGGCUGUCAGUUGUGAAGGUUGCAAAGGUUUCUUCAAAAGGAGUGUAAGGAAGAAUCUGACCUACAGCUGCCGGAGUAGCCAAGACUGCAUCAUCAACAAGCACCACCGCAACCGCUGCCAGUUCUGUCGGCUGAAGAAGUGCCUAGAGAUGGGCAUGAAGAUGGAAUCUGUACAGAGUGAACGAAAGCCUUUUGAUGUGCAACGAGAGAAACCAAGCAAUUGUGCUGCUUCAACUGAGAAGAUCUAUAUCCGGAAAGACCUGAGAAGUCCUCUGAUAGCCACUCCCACAUUUGUGGCAGACAAAGAUGGAACAAGACAAACAGGUCUUCUUGAUCCAGGGAUGCUUGUGAACAUCCAGCAGCCUUUGAUACGUGAGGAUGGUACAGUUCUCCUGGCCACAGAUUCCAAGGCUGAAACAAGCCAAGGAGCUCUGGGUACACUGGCAAAUGUAGUGACCUCUCUGGCCAACCUCAGUGAAUCUUUGAACAAUGGUGACACUUCAGAAAUGCCAGAGGACCAGUCUGCAAGUGAGAUUACUCGGGCAUUUGAUACCUUAGCAAAAGCACUUAAUACCACAGAUAGUGCUUCACCUCCAAGCCUGGCAGAUGGGAUAGAUGCUAGCGGAGGAGGGAGCAUCCAUGUCAUCAGCAGAGAUCAGUCAACACCCAUCAUUGAAGUCGAAGGCCCCCUCCUUUCAGACACACACGUCACAUUUAAGCUUACAAUGCCCAGUCCUAUGCCAGAGUACCUCAAUGUGCAUUACAUCUGCGAGUCUGCAUCCCGCCUGCUUUUCCUUUCCAUGCACUGGGCAAGGUCAAUCCCAGCCUUCCAGGCACUUGGACAGGACUGCAAUACCAGCCUGGUACGGGCCUGCUGGAAUGAGCUCUUCACUCUUGGUCUGGCUCAGUGCGCACAGGUCAUGAGUCUCUCCACCAUACUGGCAGCCAUUGUCAACCACUUGCAGAACAGCAUCCAGGAAGAUAAGCUUUCAGGUGACCGGAUAAAGCAAGUCAUGGAGCACAUUUGGAAGCUGCAGGAGUUCUGUAACAGCAUGGCGAAACUGGAUAUAGACGGCUAUGAGUAUGCAUACCUUAAAGCUAUAGUUCUCUUUAGCCCUGAUCAUCCGGGUUUGACAGGCACAAGCCAGAUUGAAAAAUUCCAGGAAAAGGCACAGAUGGAGCUACAGGACUAUGUACAGAAAACCUACUCAGAAGACACAUACAGAUUGGCCAGGAUCCUUGUCCGCCUGCCAGCACUGAGGCUCAUGAGCUCCAACAUAACAGAAGAACUUUUUUUUACUGGUCUCAUUGGCAAUGUUUCGAUAGACAGCAUAAUACCUUACAUCCUCAAGAUGGAGACUGCAGAAUACAAUGGUCAGAUCACUGGAGCUAGUCUAUAGUGCACACCUGACAGCUGCCAACAGUGGGAUGCCUCAAAGGACUGUGCAGGUGCAAGGGAAGGGAAGUAGCAGUGUCUUGGUGUGUGCAGGUGUCUCCAGCGUGUUAGCCACUUCUUCCUGUUCAUCCCAGACAAUAGCAACUAAAGAGGAGUAGAAAAUACUUCCCUGCCCUAAGAAAUGUUUUCACACCUUUUGGUGAAGCAGAUUUUGGAACAAUCUUUUAAUCAAUUUGUAUUUAGAAAUUCUCAAAGGGCAAAAACAAUACUGAAGUUUUAUAAUGUCAGAGACUAGUAUUAAAAGAACCUAAGAACAGUAUGUGUAAAUACAUUAAAACGAGUCCUUGGAAUUAAUAGCUACUGAUUACCAGGGUAAUGCUAGCACUUUCUAAGCACUUCUUAUCAAAUCUGCAAUGUUAAACAUCUUGCCUGUGUACAGGGCAAAUGGAAAACUGUUUCUUUUGUCAAAAUGCUAAUGAUUUCUGUGAAAACUCACUAGGGUACAGGAGACAAUCAUUCACAUUUAGAUGAGGGGCAACACUCCUACCUGUGUGCAGUGGUGGUGCUGAGCUAAAUUCCUGUGAAUGAAAUGUGGAUUCCUGGCAUUGUGUGGUGACACAACUGGCAGUGACUCACUAAGAGCUGCUGGCUGUACCAGGCAGAAAUGUGUGUCAGAGUCUUUGCCCACAUGGUCCUGAUCCAUGAUGCCUGUCUGCAGACUCUUCCAGAACCUGGGCUUCACUAUUUUCAGAAUUAGACUGCAGCUUGUCAAGAGUACCUAUGACUCAAAGUAUGCCCAGCUCCCUCAAACUAACUCAUAGGAACUGGAGCCUUUGACCAAAAAAGUUCAAAGUAGGUGAUACACACCCUCUGAUAACAUGACCUGUAGUAGUUCAUGGUGGCCUGAUUGAGUGUGGCUUCUGCAGUGAGGGUUCUUAUUACUGGUGUGCCUGGAGAGGGGCCAGUAUCUGUGAUCACUCAGAAUCUGCAGUUGGGUGGGGGCUGUAUUUCCUCACUGCCUGGUUAGAUGACUGAACAAAAGGCAUCAAGAUAAAUUCUUUCUGAUCUUUAAGUAUUAGUGAUUUCAGUGU